AUGGACGAAAUCCCAGCCGCCGACAACGGCAUUGAGCUCCUGAGGACGAAUGCGCUUACAAAGCUCGAUGAGAUGCGCGACCAAUUGUUGGAGUAUCACAAGGAAGUCAUGGCGCAGGCUACUGCGAUCGAGGUGGCUCACCCCUCCGACCUCACCUCAAUCCAGGCAAGCAACCACGACAACAAAGAUGGUCUGUGGGAAAAGGAAAAGCAAGAGAUUCAAGAAAAAUUACAGGAGUUACUCAAGAGAAACGAGCAGCUUGCGAUGGAACUGGCGCAAUCCCGUUGCGAGAACGCGCAGUACAAGCGAGAGAGGGACCAAACAAAGCACCGACUCGUUAUUGUUGAAAGUCAACUGGAACACCAACAAAAUGCUCAUGGCGCCCAGCGAAAGCAACUCCAAAUCAAGGAUCACCUCCUAACCACCUACAGAACAUCGAUUCGCAAGCUGGAAAACAAAGUCAUCCUUUGCCAAAUGACGUCAUGCAACCAAUCUCACUUGUGA